AUGCGUAUUUUAGAAGUGGUUGGUAAAUGCAUAACAUACUAUCGUAGUGCGGACGAGGUUCUUUCUGCCAUGAUUUGUAAUAGCAGUGAAGCACUUUCAAUGAGAAAUGACUGCUUCUGCGUGGCUGUCAUACGAAAUACCGGUAGCUUGAUCGGCUACGGUGCUCUCCUAGAGGUUUGCGAAAGGUCUUAUCCCAAUGCAGAGUUCCUCUUUGCGAAUAAUUUUGAAGAGCUUUGGGGAAUUGAAGAGGCAGUGUUCAAAUUUGUUCACGAUACGGAUGUCAAGGAAUUGUACGUAAAAUUCUCUCACCCUUCUUUUCCAAUAGAUCAGAAUCUCUGUACAAAAAUACUUAAAGCUCGACAAACUAAAAUUUACUCUUCUUUGCAAGAACUUAUCUUCUAUGCAUUGUAA